AUGCAUCGCUUUUGUAUUAAAUCAGUCAUUUCAUAUGCACUGUAUCAAGUACAAACAGGUAGUUUACCUGUUUAUAGUAGUGUACUAACAAAGUCUCCCUUGCAGCUUCAGACUGUUAUCUAUAGGCUUAUCGUUCAAAUACAGCACUUGAAUAUCCCAAGUAGUUCUACGCAUAGCUCACCUUUCUAAACCCAGUUAAGCACGGAAGAGAGGUAGUAGGUAGGUGCAGUGUGUGGAAGCUGCAAACAAGUAGGCCUUUUAUUCAUUGAUUUCUUUUCCCAAGUACUGGAUUUUUAAAUCUAUAUGUAUCUGUUUGAUUUUUUUUUCUAAUAUUUCAAUUGAGCUGCUGUUUUCUUCCAUGCAAUAUUGUAUACUCAAUUGUGUAUAGAAGAAGCUGGUGAGAGUGCCCUCCUACAUAAAUAAGCAAUUGCAGUGUUUUGCAUGCAAAAUAUAAAAAAUUUAAAUUGUCCUGAUUCUAUUUUGUAAAUGGAGAAACAAUCAUAUCUUUCUAAGCAGUAAUGGAGGAAGACUAGUGCUUUGUGCAUUUUGAUAUAUUUGAGUUCAUUUUUUCCACAAUGUCAUACUUUUGACGCAAUUGGGUUUCUCAUAAGUAUCCUAGUUCAUGUACAUCCGAAUGCUAAAUAAUACUGUGUUUUAAGUUUUGUGUUGCAAGAACAAAUGGAAUAAACUUGAAUUGUGCUACA